AUUAACUCGAACUCCAGCCUGUCAUGGCGGCAGGACGGCGAAUUUGCAGUUUCUCCAUGACCCACCCCUACAGGUACCAGCGCCUCUGGAAUGUGGCGGCUCGCAAGCCUCCUGCUGUUCCUGGCCACCUGGGGAAUUUCCAGCACACCAGCUCCUCUCGACUCAGUGUUCUCCAGCAGCGAGCGUGCCCACCAGGUACUUCGGAUCCAGAAACGUGCCAACAACUUUCUGGAGGAGCUCCGGCCUGGCAACCUGGAGCGGGAGUGCACAGAGGAGAUCUGUGACUUUGAGGAGGCCAAGGAAAUUUUCCAAAACGUGGAUGACACACUGGCCUUCUGGUCCAAGUACGUCGACGAUGACCAGUGCUUGGUCCGGCCAUCGGAGCACCCAUGCGGCAGCCUGUGCUGCGGGCACGGCACGUGCAUCGACGGCAUCGGCAGCUUCAGCUGCUACUGCAGCGACGGCUGGGAGGGCCGCUUCUGCCAGCGCGAGGUGAGCUUCCUCAACUGCUCGCUGGACAACGGCGGCUGCAUGCACUACUGCCUGGAGGAGGAGGGCGGACGGCGCUGUAGCUGCGCGCUCGGCUACAAGCUGGGGGACGACCACCUGCAGUGCGAGCCCGCAGUGAAAUUCCCUUGUGGGAGGCUGUGGAGGCGGAUGGAGAAGAAGCGCACUCACCUGAAACGAGACACAGAAGACCAAGAAGACCAAGUAGACCCGCGGCUCGUCGAUGGGAAAUUGACCAGACGGGGAGACAGCCCCUGGCAGGUGGUCCUGCUGGACUCACAGAAGAAGCUGGCCUGUGGGGCGGUCCUCAUCCACCCCUCCUGGGUGCUGACAGCGGCCCACUGCCUGGAGGACCCCAGGAAGCUCCUUGUCAGGCUUGGAGAGUAUGACCUGCGGCGCUGGGAGAGGUGGGAGCUGGACCUGGACAUCGAGGAGGUCCUGGUCCACCCCAACUACAGCAAGAGCACCACAGACAACGACAUCGCGCUAGUGCGCCUGGCCCAGCCCGCCACCCUCUCGCAGACCAUCGUGCCCGUCUGCCUCCCGGACAGCGGCCUCGCAGAGCGCAAGCUCACUCAGGCGGGCCAGGAGACCAUCGUGACGGGCUGGGGCUACCAGAGCAGCCGAGAGAAGGACCCCAAGAGAAACCGCACCUUCGUUCUCAACUUCAUCAAGAUUCCCGUGGUCCCGCGCAAUGAGUGCAGCAAGGUGAUGAGCAACAUGGUGUCUGAGAACAUGCUGUGUGCGGGCAUCCUCGGGGAUCGGCAGGACGCCUGCGAUGGUGACAGUGGGGGGCCCAUGGUCGCGUACUUCCGCGGCACCUGGUUUCUGGUGGGUCUGGUGAGCUGGGGUGAGGGCUGUGGGCUCCUUCACAACUACGGUGUUUACACCAAAGUCAGCCGCUACCUCGAUUGGAUCCACGGGCACAUAAGAGACAAGGAAUCCCCGCCGGAGAGCCAGGCGGCACCUUAGCAACCCUCUUGCUGGGCUGGGCUUUUGCGUGGCAAUGGAUGGAGCAUUAAAGGGGCAUGUAACAAGCACAUGGGCCUGCUGUUCUGUCCUUCCACCCCUCUUCUGGGCUGUUCUGGAGGGAAGUAACAUUUAUUGAGCACCUAUUGUAUGCCUCAUGCCUUAUGAAUAGAACCUUAACUCCCAGACCAAUUCUGUGGGGUGGGGAGGAGCAGAUCCAAGUUCUGCAGGGUCUAAAGCUGUGUGUGUUGGGGGAACACUCUGUUUAUGAAAAAGAAUAAAAACCACGACCAC